GAGAUUGAGAUAAAACGGGCCUGCAGUUCUUCUCGUGGUUGUGCACAUUUUUUGCCUAAUAAACAUGACACUGUUUGCGCAAAUAUCAUGUUCAUUGACUCUAAGUAAUUUACGCAGACCUCUUGUUUGCAUGUGUUAUUAUCACAGCUCAUCAUGUCUCUAUAAAGGCGGGAGACGUCUUGCAAAACUUGAGAAACUGUUGACCAAGAAGAAAAAAAAAUUCUACUAUGACCCUAUGAAUGUUACCCAGCUUGGAAGAUUGGCAACGGGUGUAACCACUGGUACCAAUAGCAAGAUGAGGAGUGAAGAUAGUAUCCGGUUGAGGACAUACAACAAGAUUCUGUUUGACAACAUCAGUGACAUGAUGACCACAAGCUACAUUAGCGAAGAGUUGGAGCAACUACAGCUCACCGUCUUAGGGGUACGAGUAUCAGGCGAUAUGAGUGCAUGCCGCGUUUACUGGCAGUCAACGGGUGACGUGAAAGAAAAUGACAGAAUAGAGGAAGUUCUAAAUAGACACAAAGGUCCCCUUAGACGUGCCUUGAUUUCCCAUCGAGUGCUCGGCAAGGUCCCUCCAAUCUUCUUCCUGAAGGACAAGGCGAGUGCCAGUCUGUCUGAGAUAGACAGGCUCCUUGCUAUUGCCGACUUUGGACCCGAGGAGGACAUGGAAAUGAGAGAGUUGGAUCCCAAUGAGAUUGAGAAUUCAAAAACCGAUGCAAGGAUAGAAUUUAUCCAGAAAACGAGCAAGGGUGAGGGGGAUGCAAGUGGAGCGACACAUCAGCCAAGCUUGUUUGGCAUUGACCAUGAAAUCUUGAAUAAGCUGAUCAAGCAAUCGGAUGUAGGCAGAGUGCGAGAGGGGCUGGAUGGUGAUGAAGCUACGGACAAGAGAUUCCAACAGUUGCGGGGGUUCAUGAAGAAGAAAAAAAUGGGCAAGACAGAGAGAAAGGAGGCAGCGUUCUACAAGGGAGAGUUGGAGCAGUAUAGGUCCAGCCGAGAAAAGGAAUGUUUGGACAAGUUUGUUGAGUACGAGACGCAGACAGAGUCUGAUGAAAGUGUUGCAGAUAAUGAGGAUUUGAGUGAGACCAUAGACAACAGUGGAUCCGAGGAAUAUGAUGAGUACACGUCAUAUGAACCAACCAAGGACAGAUAAAGCAAAUAUUUGGGCAGGUCAUUUCUAGUAUUAAAGUUCCUUUUACAAACAAAUAUAACUUAAUCUGAAAAUGGCUGAGAAAAACAAAACUAGUCUUAAAUAUGGUACAAAGAAGGCAUUUUAAUUACAAUUUUUACACAAAUUGGGUUUCACUGUGCAUGCAAUGUGAAAAUUGUGACAUAGCAUACAUGUACUUACAUUAAGAGCACUGGACACCCAGAUAAACAGUAGCUAUAAGCAAAACAUGUGGUCAUCAGAUAAUUCUUAGUGAACUGAAAUUCCUAUAUAGUAGUGCAUCCUUGGGGGUUUCAGUACUGUUACUGGAUUUGUCUAUAACACAUCACCCCAACAUGAAGACAACUUUUUGUCAUUAUUUACAAGACUGGCACUAAUUCAAAGCUGGUAAUAAAACAGCAGUGCUGGUACAUAUAA